AUGCCAGCCCCACCAGACUCCGACCCCCAUUUGGGCCAACCUGGAAACCCGGUACCCGACAUCCCCGCCUUUGAGUCCGACGACCUAGAUGACAUCGUGGAUAUCGAAGACGUAGAAGAAACCGAUGAUUUCGAAGAAGAAGAAGAGCCGGAGCCCAUGACUCCAGAGGCUCAAAUGCACAUGGAUCCGACCAGAAUGGAGGCCCUUUUCCAGCGAUUAUCCACUGAGCGAGUCCCCAUCCGGGUCCAUGACGUCAUAAUCAAGGGCAAUACGAAGACCAAGAUCUCCUUGAUCGAGUCCGAGGUGGAGAAUCUCAAGAAGGCCACUACCGUCCAGCAGCUGCUACGCUCUGCCGCACACGCCAACGCUAAGCUGCAGCGCCUUGAUAUUUUUGAUUCCGUUAGCAUCACCCUUGACACUGGUCCACCUGAACUCCCCGGCACGGCCAAUGUUAUUGUCGAGGUUUCUGAGUCUACGAACUCCCUAACGGGAGAUAUCGGGCUUUUCUCUAGACCCGAGGCUAGGUCUUGGUCUCUAGAAGGAUCAGUAAAGCUGAAAAAUUUGUUUGGUUAUGGGGAUUUAUGGGAUACUUCUGUCACUUAUGGCUGGGGUCAAGCAUCGGAGGUUAGUGCCGGUUUAUCUGUACCAAAACUCAGAGCAUUCUCCACACCUUUGACAGCUCGGAUAUCUCUACUUUCUCGAGAUUUGUUGAAGUUUUCUUCUUAUAAAGAGCGAGCAUUUGGCAUGUCACUUGGCCUAGUUUCUAGUGGAAACCACAAUUUGUCAUACGAUCUCUCUUUGUGUACCUUAUCUGAUCCAUCGCAAAUGUCUUCCCCCACAGUGAGAAGGCAACUUGGACAGGGUUUGCUCUCAGCUUUGAAGUAUACAUUUAAAAUUGACCAAAGAGAUUCACCUCUGAGGCCAACUCGAGGACAUGCUUUUGUUUCCAAUACUCAAAUUGGUGGUCUUGUUCCAGAUUUUCGGAGCUUACGUUUUAUUCGUCAGGGGUUUGAUCUUCGUUAUGCUAUACCCUUGGGAUUUUAUCGUGCUGCAUUAAACUUUGGAAUCUCGAGUAGUGUUUUUUUUCCUUGGGGGAGUGGAUUCUUGAAUACACCUUCUCAGUUGUCUGAGAGGUUCUUUAUGGGAGGUAAUUCUUCUCCAGUUUGCACAUUGGGUUGCCCAACAUCAUUGUUGGGUUUCAAGGCAAGGGGACUGGGCCCUGCUGAGCCUAGACGGAAUGCCGGGGAAAACCUUAAUGACGAAAGCUCUGAAUCUUCUGGAAUUGAUUUUAUUGGAGGAGACCUUACUGUCACUGCUUUUGCGGACUUCUCUUUUGAUCUACCCUUGAGGGUGUUUUUGUACCGACUAAAUUAUUCCGUAUGGAGGUUAACUACUGCUACAUUUUGA